ACAGGCGGGAUAUCACUAAUCAUAUUUCAUAGCUCCACCAAAAUGGUGGAGGCGCUCUAUAGCAUGGUACCGGCGGAGCUGGUGGACAUGAUACUGGACCGGCUAUUACUAUCUUGGUCGUUUGCUGAGCUUGUUGUAUUCUGUGCGCAAGCCUCAUUGAGUGCGGAACCUUCUGGCCUACUUUUCAAACGUUGGCUGCAAGUACAGCAAGACGAUAUUUGCCUACGCCCAUUUUCCGGAACCAAAGGAGAGUUGCUAUUCUUGGAGGAACACGUACAGAUUCUUCGCACAUUCUCCGUCUCUGUCGUGUGUUACAUACCGACAUAUAAGGAUUCCAUUGGUCUUAUAUGGCGGAUGACGCGCGACAGCAAAAACAAGCCCAAAAGCUGUACAGUGACCGGUCGCCAUGAUUGGGGCUGUUUGGAUCAGCUUACCCUACACGACACUUCAGAAUCGCGCCACAAUUACCUGUUCAUGCUACUACAAGGCUACCACGCAUGGGCAGCAGAUUUGACACCAGAAGUACUACAGAUCGUGAGAUCACAACUAAGCCCGAUCACCCAAAAAAAUUCAGUCGGCUAUCUACAUGCCCACGUGUACAACUGUUUAAGCGAUAGAGGAUUUUCUGGAGUUGACGGCUGCGAAUGCUCGGGCAAGUGGGUGGCAUGCUCAAAAUGUAAAGAAAACGGUUUGAGAAGAUUCGUGGUUUUCCAAGGAGAUUGGAAGUUAGGAUGUGUGCGCUGGCACAUGAAUGAGAAACUCCCUAUAGGUGAACCUUGGUUGCGUUACGCAACUGCCUUUAGGAAGUUGAUGGCGGCGGACCGAGCGGACAUCUUUUUCGAGCAUAUGCUCGAAAAAACGUGCCCAGGAGAUCCUGCUGAUCAUCUGUGCGUGUUCCAUGGCUUGCAAAAAUCUGCACUUUCGGAGACAAGAGAGAAUGUGGCGAAAGGCUGA